CCUGAGUGCUGGCUGAACGGAGAGGACAGGGCGCAAGCUGUACUCGGGUAUAGUCUUGCUUGGCCUGUCUUCGAGCCUCAGAGCCCCAGCAUGAGUCCACCAGCAAAGAAGAGGCCCCAGAAUACAGUAGUUUUCAAGACACAAGAUGAGAAACUGCAGGACAAGAUAAGACAGCCCAUUCACAAAGUAAUUAAGCGGACCCGACUUAAAAUGGUGUUAAGAAACCUUUCGCUUCUGAAGAUAUUCAAGAGCUCAAACCACCGGAUCCUAGAACUGCAUAACCUGGCUAAGAAGUGUUGGAAUUCACUACUCCAAGUCCCCACGAUCCUCCGCAUCACCUCCAGGGACAACAACGUCCAAGAGCUCCAGUUGGCUAAGUGCCUUGAGGAGAAUCCACAGUCCAAGAAAUUAGAGUCCGUGGCAGGACACCAACAGACUAGGCCCCAGGAAGGCAAGCCCCAGGUGGUAUCUGAGAUGAAGAACACGGAGAAGGGGUCGUAUGCAGGGGUCACAUGCAAGGAGCAGCAGGUGGAGCCCGAGGUCCUGAGGCCAUUCAGGGGACACGGUGUGGAUCCUGGUGCCUGGGAGAGACAGCAACCCUCUGGGGUUCCCCAAGCCCCCUCCGACCAGACUUACCAGCACAGGAAUCCCAGGGAGGAGACAAGGCAGCUGGGUACAGCUGACCCAGGCACCUGGUUUGAGGGGCUGCCCACCCGAAUCCACCUGCCGGGGCCCCGGGUCAUGUGCAGAGCCUCCACGCUGCGCUGGGUCAAACGCUGCUGCACUCGCUUCUGCUCAGCGUCACUUGAGCACCCCAUGGGCCAUCUACACAAGCGCCACCAGGAGGCGGCCUUGGCACCUAACACAAAGGUCUCUACAACAGGUGUGAUCCAGGACGACAGCCAGAAGUGUAAGAGGGUGCAGAUCUCAUCCUAA